AGCACUCCCCUAAUGACCCGGGAUACCGGCACCCGAUGGAAGAUUAUUAUAACAUAAGAGCAAAGCAGGUACUGUCUUUAGCUGUUGAGAAGUUAACUAAAUAUGAAGAUUUGACAUUUAUAUGGACUGACACAUGUUUUCUUGAACGAUGGUGGAGGGAGCAGAAUAAUAAAACCAGAAACGACCUCCGGAAGCUCGUGCAAUCCGGAAGGUUCGAAAUUGCUCUCGGAGCAUGGGUGUCCGCCGACGAAUGCAUCUCGCAUUAUUACGCGUAUGUAGACCAGUUGAUUGAAGGAUAUUAUUGGAUAAGGGAACAUUUGGGAGUCUUUCCCAACGUGUCUUUCAACAUGGACCAAUUUGGUGCCUCGGCCUCGGUGAAUUACCUUAGAAGCCUUGCUGGGGUUAAAAUCUCGUUUGUGAAUCAUUUACAUAAGGGUACAAAGAAAUAUUUUAGAAAACACAGGUUGUUGGAAUUUACCAAUCGACAGCUCUCCGACGAAACCGGGAAAGAUGACACAUUUAUACAUAUUGAACCUUUCGACGAUCUUUCUUUCAAAGGAAGCUGCGGUCCAUCGAAGAUGGUUUGCUUUGGACUGGACUUGAGAACUUUCAAAUUGCCGCGUCCGGGCGAAAUUUCCUUCAAUCUCCCCAAAUUUCUGAACGGUAUGCCAUUUUGGAGCAUUCAUCAAUUCGCAAAACAUCUGGUGACGCAGAUGAGAAUUAAAUCCGACGGUUAUUUGCAUAACGUCAUCUUAUUGCCCCUUGGCAACGAUAUUUUGUACCACACUGAACCUGAGUGGGAGAAUGAAUACAGAAAUUUGAAAAUAAUAAUGGAGUAUAUAAACUCACAUGAGCCGUUUAAUGUGAAAAUGAAGUUUGGGACGGUGUAUGAAUAUUAUGAAGAAGUCAUGAGGAAUACACAGAAACAUAAAAUCAAAUACCCAUUAGGUGCAGGGGAUUAUUUACCGUACACUAGAGGACCAAAAUAUUGGAGUGGGUAUUUCACCACUCGCCAAUUCAUGAAACGCUUAGGGCGGGAACUACAAGAAUCCGUGCGCGCGACAGAUCUUUUAAUGUCAUUUUUGUUUAACGAUGAUACGGAGUUUAAGAAAAAAUUGCCUGGGCAUAUUUUAUCAAAAUUAGUUUAUUCUAGAGAACAAAUGUAUAUAUUUCAACAUCACGAUGCCAUCACCGGAACAGCUGAGGAGGUAGCAGUGAAAGAUUAUAAAAAGAGAUUGUCGUCUGCUCUCGUAUAUUCACAGGAAGUGAUGUCAUAUAUUCUAAAAAUAGCCAUGCAAAAGCAAUCGGAUAAUACUGCUUUGGCUUGCAAAGGAGAAAUGACCAUUAAUUCUACAGUUACAAGGGUCGAAGUGGAACAAUUAACAAAGCAGGCGGUAAUCGAAGUAAAGGCAUCACCAACACAAAUUAUAGUUUUCAAUUCCUACACGCGAAAGAGAACUGAUCUUAUUAACGUUGUAUUAAAAUCAAAGAACAACGUCAUAGUCACGGGCCCAAAUAAUUCAGUUGUUGAGUUUGACAUUGAAGUAUCAAAAGAUACAGGGACACUCAGUUUCAUUGCAGACCUACCACCAGUCAGCAUAUCAAUUUUUAAUAUUGUUACAAAUUCAGUCAUGCCAUUCAAAUCCACACUGAUUCCAGAGAAAACGGGGAACUAUUUUCUUUGUGAAAACGCAGACAUGAAAUUGACCUUUUCAUUGGCAGAAGGUACACCUCUUUCAUUAUGCUCUAACAACGGGAAUAUCUGUACUGACUUUCAAAUAGAUCUUCUGCAUUAUACUCCCAUAAGUGACGCAUACACAUUCCCAGAUUCGAAAAAGUAUAAAGUAAUAAAGGAUUAUUCCCGACAUCGUAUUUUCAAUGGAAAAACACAUUGCUCUAUAGAAUUUUUCUUCGGUUAUAUAAAAUUGAAAUACGUCCUUCAAAAAGUCAGUGGUCUGAACGGACGCCGUUUGCAAAUGAAUAUACAUGACAAUUUAUCAAAAAGUGCAUCAAACAAUUUUGAAGGACAGUUUGCCUUUAGAGUUAAAACCAAUAUUCAAAAUGGAAGAACUUAUUACACCGAUUCAAAUGGUCUCCAACUCAUGAAACGGACUUAUAGGAGUCACCUGUCUUUCGGAUCAAACGUUUAUCCCGUGACCUCGACGGCAGUUAUACAAGAUAAAUCUAAAAGACUCACCGUGCAUUCCGUACAGCCAAAUGCGGCUGUUAGCCGUGAGUCAGGCUCUUUGGAUAUCAUGGUGGACCGUGUCGUCACGAGGGAGAACGACGGAACUGUCCGGAGAUUUAAAGGGGAUACAAAAGAUAAUCUACCAACAUCUACACAAUUUUUCUUCCAGCUAGAAGGAUCUUUACCCCCAAAAACGAGGGGAAGGUCCCGAAAUGCUAAAACCCAACAUUCACUGAUUUCAGAGAGCAAUUUUAAAUUGACCAAUGAAAAUCCUUCUUAUAUUCAGUUCUUCUCUGUGAAUUUUACGGGAAGUUAA